AUGGACAUGGCCGCAAUAGCAGGUGCGGGGAGCAGAGGCGGUGGCGCAUUCAGGCAGUCUCGGCGCAAGAUUCUCGGGGACGGCAACGGGUGCGAGAGGUGCGGUCUCUCCGCUUUUCAUGCCGCGGCAGCGCGGCCGGCGGAGAAAACGAUGGGCUCAGCAAUUCGCGGAAAGAAGGCCAGAGUGGUGGGCGGAAAGGUGGAGCAAGGACUGGAAGCAAUCGUGCCAGAGACGGGAUUUGAGGAUGACCGCAGAAUGGCGGAGGAGGAAGCAGCUCCGGGACCGAAUAAUAGAGGAGCUCGGCGCGGUGUGGACACGACCAUUAGGAAGAGUAAUGACGACGACCUUACUAAGCCCUGGGCGGGCCGAGGGGACGCGGGAGGUACCAGUGGGCGCAGCAUAGGCCAGAGCAGCCGCGGAAGCAGCGGAAGAAGCAGCGGCAGCGGCAGCGGCAGCGGCUUGUGCAGCAGCAGCAGCGCGCAGGACACCCCUGUCAUGCUCACUCGCGCCGCCUCCUCCCCCUCGCUCACCACUUGCUCUUUCCCCAAUUCCUCCCCCUCCCCGCUCCCCUUCAUGUCCGCCUCACCUCCCCGCUCCCCCUCGCCUUUCCCCUCUCCUCGCUGCCCUUCCCCGUGCGCGCAUUCCGCACGAACCCGGACUUCCCCGGAAGGGUGUUCUCCGCCGUCCCCGCCGUCCUCCCCGGGCGCGCAGCCGUCGUGUCUUGGCGCGUGCCGUCUGCUGCCGAGAACUCGCGGGCCCACGAAAAGCGCGGGGAGGCCCCCUUCAGGGUGGAGGGCGGGCGGAGCAGUGGCGGAGGCUCUCCCCCGGUGGCACGCGGGCGCGGCUGGACUUGACUUGAGGGGGGAGGGAUCAGGAGGAGAGGGUCUGGUGGAUGGGUGGAGGCUUGACGAGAUUCAGAGAGUGGCGGGAGGCUGUUUUUCUGCGGAAAGACGAACGUUGGCGGAGGGCGGGAGUGGCGCGGAAGAACGCGGGAGAGGGGGCGACGGUAGAACUCAUGGGCUCAGGCGCGGCGGUAAGGGUAUGGUAAGAGAAGGGUGUGUUGCCGAUGAGAACGCCUGGGAGGAGAGUGGGGAAGAGAUGGAUGGGGCGAGGCAGUUGGAGGAAGGGUGGGGAGAGGAUGAGGACGCGGGGGAGUCGGAGGAGGAGGAAGGGGAGGAGAAGGAAGAGGAGGAGAAGGAAGAGGAGGAAGAGGAAGAAGAGGAGUGGUGGAUGCAUCACCCGCGGCCGCAAACGCCGAUGAUGCUGCUUGAGUGGCAGGAUCUGGUGGUGGGGGAGAUGGGCGACGAGGAGAAGGAGGCUGCAGGGUUCUGGAGAAGUGGAGGAGGGGUGCUGGGUGGGGGUGCUGGUAGUGGCAGUAGAUCGGGCCGGAGGAGGAGGGAAAGUGGGAGUGAAUGGGGCGAUGGAACAGAGAGUUGGAGGGAAGGUAGCAUGGAGUGUGACCUGGUGGAGGAGGAGAGAGGUGAGCUGCAGAGGGAGCAGUCAGAUGCUGCUGUACGGGAAGCAGCAGGCACCGGUUCACAUGAUGGAAAAUCGUGGUUGGGUCCACCCACGUGA